ACUGGUUUGUACUUUGUGGUCUUGACUCAUGCCGGGAAAAAAAAAUCUGGAAAAAAACAAACAUUAUAAAAACAUAAAAACGCACUAAAAACGAUAUUCCAAGGGUCAAGUUGUCGAUUUUUAUGUUAAAAUUAUCAUUACAUCUUGCUUAAAUUAUCAAUGAUCUAUUAUCAAUGUGUUGAAAACGGAAAGUAUUAUUGAAAUAUUUAUUGAAAACAAUAUAUUCGACACUAAAAGGAAUUACUAGUAUUUUCAGUAUUUUGUAGAAUAAUAUGGCUUCAUCUCUAUUAAGUUAUGAAACUCUUGUGCACGCUUUGGCUGGGGCAACGGGAAGUGUUGUGGGAAUGGCAGCAUUUUAUCCUUUAGAUACAUUGCGAUCAAGACAACAAGUUGAAGACUCCAAUAAACUACAAGGAUCUGUAUGGGAGCUUGUUUUAAAAUUGGCAAAAGAAGAAGGAUUUGACUCAUUAUAUCAAGGAUUGUGUCCUGUCUUGCAAUCACUCUCUGUUUCAAAUUUUGUCUACUUCUAUACUUUUCAUGCAUUGAGACGUUCAUCAGUGGGUAAUUCAUCAGCAUUAAAAGAUUUGCUUUUUGGUGUUGUAGCUGGAAGUAUCAAUGUCUUAAUUACAUCUCCGUUAUGGGUUGUUAAUAUGCGAAUGAAAUUCAAUAAGAAUUUAUAUAACAGUCUAUUUGAAGGACUUUGUGAUGUGUUUAAUAAUGAAGGUGUAAAGGGAUUGUGGUCUGGUACUUUGCCUUCAUUGUUGUUGGUGUCAAACCCAGCUAUACAAUUUAUGGUCUAUGAAUCUAUAAAAAGAAACUUAGUGGCUAUCAAACGUUUUGACACUUACUCUGCCUUCCUUACUGGAGCAAUAGCAAAAGCAAUUGCAACAACAUUAACAUAUCCUAUUCAACUAGUGCAGUCACGUUUAAGAGUGGGCAAAAGCUUAAAACCAUUGUAUGAUGAGGUUACAUCUAAUCCUCUAGUUUUAUUUAGAGGGUUGGAAGCUAAAAUUAUGCAAACUGUUAUGACUGCAGCAUUAAUGUUCCUUAUUUAUGAAAAAAUAGUGAGAUUAGUUUUAACAAUUAUGAGGGUAAAAAUAUCCAAAAAAUGAAGUUUAUAUUAUUUAAAGCAGUGAAUAUAUUGUUGAAAAUGUAUUCAGAUUUCUGUUAUAGUUGAUCAUGUAUGCUCAAUAUUACAUAAGUCUAAUUUUAUGUGGUUGAGGAAACUAUGCUUUUACAUUAUGUAAUUAGCUUAGUUAUUUUAAAUAUUUAAUAAAAGCAUAAUAUUUAUGCUAACAUGGGAAUGGAAUAUGGAAAAUGGUGGCAAUUGGCAAAAUAACUGUAAGUGUAGUUAAUAUUUUUUUUUUUACUGUAGAAAUAACUUCAACCUUUCAAAUACUUACCAAAGAGUAAUUACCAGAAUUGUGAUAUGAUGCAAAGACAAUAUUUUAGUUAUGCAUUAAAAACAUUAACAUUAUGAACAUUCCAACAACUUAAAAAAAAGUGUCUAACGUGUUUGUUAUAAUAGUUUGUGAAUGUGAUUAAGUUAUUCUUAUACAUGACAAUUACUAUUAAUUAUUUUUAUUUUUAUCAAAUGUUAUGUUUUCGUUUUUUUUUUAUGAGAAACUAUACCUGUUUCAUAAGAUAAUCUUGACAUGUUGGACCUAGAGAUUUAUUUCCGAAGUGUUUAAGCAUAGAUGGAAUAAAAUUAUAUAAGUAAUAUAUCUAAACUAGCUAGGUUUGCGUUUUUACCUACCGCUGAAUCCGCAGGUAAUUGCAACUAUUUUUAAGCCUAUGUGUUAUUCUAAUACAUAAGCUACAUCACUGCCAAGUAUCAUCAAAACUAGUUCAGUUGGUUCAUGUAAAAGUAAAAAACAAACAUACAUAUCCCUAAAAUACAAGAAUAUGUAGGAUUGUCUUGAAGAAAUAUGCAUUACUUUGAAAAAUGUAAUCUGUAACGCAUUAUACUACUUGCAUUGAACACCUUCUUAAUAUCAAUCAAAAUCACUAAUCUAAAUAAUAAUAAAAAAACAUUUUAUUUUUAUCAUGAUUUUUUUUUAAUUUGAGCUAAAUCACCAUGCAUAGUUAAACAAAGCUGAUAUAGCAAUUUAAAAUGGAUCUUAAUAUUAUAAAUAUUGUGCCAUUAAUAUCAACAAUUACUUAUUAAGCUGGAUCAUAAUUUUUUUUUAUAUGUUUAGAUUAUAGAUCAAAAUACUUACAAAUGUAGUGUAUUUUUGUUGAUAAUUGUUAAUAAUGUGAAUUAUUAAUUAAGUGUUCAAGUAACAAAACUACAAAGUAUCAUUCAUAUUAUGUUUAACCUUUCAAUGAAUUAAUUUCUAACAAAUAAGUACUUUGACAAACAGUAUUUAAUAUAUUAUUUAAAAGAAUAUGUAGACAAUAGAUAGAAAUACUUGAUUAUUGUAUAAUAAUAAUUUGCAAUCUUAACUGUGAUUAAAAAUAUGUAUCCACUUUAAUAGAUCAAAUUUGGAUUUUAUCAUCCAAUCGAUAAACCCAUCGUAAAAUGUAGACAAAUGUAAUGAUCUGGAUUCUGGUGUGAUUUACCCACAUCAUGAUGUGACCGUAUACAACAUGUGCAAUGUGCAUAUUACUAUAUAUUUUAAUGUUUUUCUUGACUUGUUAUCAUUAAUACUGUAUAAUUUAUUUAAUUAUAAUUAAAGCAAUACUCAGCUC